CCCAACGGAAAGUCAGAGACAUCUGCACCUGCAGCCCUCCUGAGCCCUGCCCCCACCCUGCCCACUCUAGCAGCGGAGGGUGGAGGCUCACAAGGGCCUCAGCCCUAAGGAUGCUGGGCGGGGCCAGGCUAGCUGCUAGCAGGCUGGCUGGCUGGCUGCUGGGGGCCGCUCAGUGCUUCUGCGGAGAACAGAGAUGGAUAUGGAGCAGGGGAAGCGUCUGGCUGUCCUCAUCCUGGUUGUCACUCUUUUUCAAGGUAUUAUGGCCCAGGUGAAAGAAGUAAAAGUGGAUGACAAUCGAGAAGAUGGUUCCGUAAUUCUGAUUUGUGACACGAAUGAAAAGAAGGUCACAUGGUUUAAAGAUACGGAGGACAUAAGCUAUGGAAACACAGAUAAACGUACUUGGAAUCUUGGAAGUAGUACCAAAGACCCUCGAGGGAUAUAUAAAUGUGAAGGAUCAAAUAACAGUUCAAAAUCACUCCAAAUAUAUUAUAGAAUGUGUCAGAACUGCAUUGAACUGAAUCCAGCCACUGUGGUCGGCUUUAUCUUCACGGAAAUCGUCAGCAUUUUCCUCCUUGCUGUUGGGGUCUACUUCAUUGCUGGACAGGAAGAAGCUCGCCAGUCAAGAGCUUCAGACAAGCAGACGCUGUUGAACAAUGACCAGCUCUACCAGCCCCUUAAGGAACGGGAAGAUGACCAAUACAGCCACCUGAGGAAGAACUGAACCCAAGACUCAGAAUUUGCCUUUUCUGGAAAAAUGGAAUCAUACGAUACACUGUUCUGGACAUUCUCGUGCCAAGUCUUCAUGUGGACAUAUGUUUUCAUUUCUCUGGGUUGCUACCUAGGAGUGAAGGAUUGCUGGGUGGUAUGGUAAAUUUAUCUAUAACAGUUUAAGAAACUGCCAAAGUGUUUGCCAAACUGGCUGUUCCAUUUUACAUUCCCACCAGCGACAAGUGAUUGGGGUUCCUCUUUCUCCUCAUCCUCACAAAUAUUCAUUACUAUCUUUUUUAGUGUAGCCAUUCUAGGGGAUGUAAAACAGUAUCUUAUUAUGGCUUUAAUUUGCAUUCUCUAAUGACUAACGAUGUUGAACAUCUUUUCAUGUGCUUAUUAGCUAUUCUCAUCAUAUCUUUAAUGAAGCAUGUAUUCAAAACUUUUAAAAUUUAGUUAUUUGUUUUUCUUCUUACUAUUGAAUUGUAAAAGUUUUUAUAUAUUUUCAAAUACAAGUCUUUUAACAGAUAUAUGAUUUGCAAAUAUAUCUACCAGUCUGUGACUCGUCUUUUCAUUUUCUUAAUGGUGUCUUUUGAAAUGCAAAGGUUUUUAAUUUUGCUGAAAUCUGUUUUACCCUUUUUUUUUCUUUUAUGGAUUGUGCACUUGGUGUCAUCUCUAAGAAAUCCUUGCCAAACCCAAGAUCACAAAGAUGUUUUUAUAGUUUUAGUUCUAACGAUGUUCUAAUGUUAUUUUGAACAUUAAGACUAUUUGUAACAAAUACAAAUAAAUGCAAUUGCAGAACCAUAA